AGUGACACAACACAUGAAGCUAUUGUGCUUAAAAUAAAAACUAAUAGUGACCACUGAUAAUAUAUUUUCCACACUGUUUCUGUACUUUGGUAAUAGAUGUAAAUAGUCAAGCUAGGAGAUAUUUUUCAGAUUGUUCUUGAGCAAAAACUUUACCGUGAACAAGACUUUUUGCUCCUUUUAGUCAGGGGCCAGCGCCAUUUUGACGGCGGGAAAAACAAGGCCAAGUAAUUACUCCUAAUGGUCUUACCUUGAAACGGAGUUAUUGCAAGUAACCUUCCCUCCAAAUACUCCUGCGCAAAAUGUCACAGCUAAGGUUUAGGAUUUGCGCUAAUGUGACUGCAUUUAUGAAAGAGACCUGGGUUUCCAACACACCAGUGUUGGCCGUGUUCUACCGGAGGUCCACCACACAGCCAAGUGUUCAAAUUCAACUGCCAUCAAAAAAAGAAGAAACUGUCAUCCCUGUGUCAAACUCGGAGACAUGGCGCCAUGAUGCUGUCUGCAGUUACUCAAAAGACUUGACAGAAACUAAGAGGAUGGCUUUCAGGGUCCUUUUAUUUUAUCUUUAUUUAUUUAUUUUUUCCACCAAAGACAAAACAGUGUAGGAGAACCUACAGACCCGUUAAGGACUUUUAUGUCUUAUAGGAAGCUUUUACCAGUUGUCCUCUUAUUUAUUCAAACAGACUCAUCAAAACACAUCCUUGAUCAAACGCCAAUCAAAUAAGGCAAGAUGAAUUUGGAUGAGUACUUAAAAAGAAUUGGCUUCCAUGGCUCCUAUGAUAAACUGGAUCUUGCAACACUGAAGCUGAUCCACAGGCAGCACAUUAUGUCCAUUCCAUUUGAGAACCUCAGCAUCCACUGUGGAGAGAAAAUAAUCAUGGACCUUGAGGUUAUCUUCAAUAAGGUUGUGAGGGGUACCCGUGGAGGUUGGUGCUUUGAGAACAACUACCUGUUUAGCUGGGUGCUGAGACAAAUGGGCUAUGACACUACAACCUUGGGCUCCAGAGUUUUCGACACAAGCAUUAAUGACUUUGAAUCCCAGGAAGUACAUCUCAUUAACAAGGUCAUCAUUGAGGGGAAGGCUUAUAUAGCAGAUGUAAGUUUUGGAUUAUCUGGCCAAAUACGGGAGCCCCUCGAGCUCAUCUCUGGAAAGGAACAGCCUCAGGAUGGAGGCGUCUUUCGCUUCAUAUGCAAGGACAAUUUGUGGAUGCUGGAGAAGACUGGCAGAAGAACGGAGGUUCCUAACCCAGAAUUUGCUAAAUCAAGUCUGGUCAACCGGAAGGAGACGCGACUGAUCCACUGCUUCAGCUUGGAGCCUCGUGAGCCAGAUCAUUUCUUUCAAGUGAACAAUGACCUCCAGACAGACCCCACCUCACUGUUCACCAACAAGUCCAUCUGCUCUUUGCAGACGCCCACAGGAUUCACAGCGCUGGUUGGCUUGAUCUACAGUGAGGUCAUAUUUAAGCCAGAUGAAGGUGUUGAUCUCUAUAACAUGAAAAACAUAACAGAAGAUGAACUAGAGGCUGUGCUGAUGGAGAAGUUCAAAGUGAAGCUGCAGAACAAAAUGCAGGCUGUAAACAGAAGAGUAGUCCUUGAAUUUUAGAAAAUUACUCCUCAUACAUCCUGCUUGGGAACACUGGCAUGAAUGAAGCUCCCUGGCUUUCUGUUUAUUUGAAAGAUUAUCAGUGGUGUUGAAUGUGUUUUGUAUGACUAUAAAUGAUACACUUGCAUGGAAAUAAAAAUAAAAAAUAAAAA